AUGGCCUACGACUAUGCACUGGUCCAUCUCAAGUUCACCAUCCCCCUGGCCACGGUGCUCACCAUCAUAUCCUAUCCAAUUCUCACUCGGCGGCACUGGUACCAGACAUCCAUCCUCGUCCUCAUCGCCGUCGUAGCCACCAUCCCCUGGGAUAGCUAUCUUAUACGGCACAGUGUCUGGACCUACCCGCCAGAUGUUGUCAUAGGACCGACAUUGCUGUCCAUCCCAGCCGAAGAGCUCUUCUUUUUCGUCGUCCAGACGUAUGUCACGUCUUUACUGUACCAUGUGCUCAACAAGCCAUUGCUUCACGCCGAGUAUCUCGGCUCCGAUUCGUGGAUCGCGAGGGGGCUGCACAGGACGGUUCAGGCUGUGAUCUUCAGCCUUUCUUUGCUUGGCUUCUGGCUGACCUCAGACGGCGGCCCCGGCACGUACCUUGGCCUCAUCCUAAUCUGGGCUUGUCCAUUCGCCCUUCUGACAUGGAGCCUGGGCGGACUCUUCAUGGUCACCCUUCCCUGGACAAGCGUUGCCCUACCCAUCGCGUUACCGACCUUGUACCUAUGGAUUGUGGAUGAGCUCGCGCUCCGCCGAGGAACAUGGGCCAUUGAGUCUGGUACCAAGCUUGGAGUGACUGUUUGGGGCAGCCUGGAAGUCGAGGAGGCAAUAUUCUUCGCUGCUACCAACGUCCUCAUCGUCUUCGGCCUAGGUGCUUUUGACAACGCUCUGGCAAUCAUCGAUGCGUUUCCGGAUGUCUUCGAAUCGGCACCCGAGUGUCCAAAACCUACCAUGUUAAUUAAGGCGUUGUUCAUUUCCUGGUCUGCUGAGCGUAAGGAGCGCAUACGUGGGAUCCAAGAGGCCGUGGAGAGGCUUUGCCGGAAGAGUAGGAGCUUUUACCUGGCGAGCUCGACCUUUGCUGGCCGCUUGAGGAUCGAUUUGGUCUUACUAUAUUCAUACUGCCGCAUGGCAGACGAUCUGGUCGAUGAACCUCCUGAGGGUUUGGAAACUUCGACUUGGAUCAAAAUUGUCAGGGCAUAUAUCGCCAAUGAGUUUCCUCCCUCAGCCAGAUCUGCUCUCACGCUACUCCCGGCUUCGCUUAUGCCUUCUGAGCCCCUGUAUCUUCUACUCGAGGGCUUCAGAACCGAUUCGGACUUCCAAUUUACCGAAAAGGCAGGAAGUUUUCCGAUCGCGACCGAGCACGACCUCCGCGAAUACGGGCGCCAUGUAGCCGGGACAGUAGGAGAGCUCUGCCUUGCCCUCAUAUCACACCACAGCCGAGAACCCAUUGACCCAGCCCACCGUGAGGCGGUAGCCACCGCAGCCCGGCGGAUGGGCAUCGCUCUCCAGUUCGUCAACAUCGCUAGGGACAUCGCGGUCGAUGCCGCACUCGGGAGGGUCUACUUACCGACGGACUGGCUGACGGAAGAAGGCUUGACGCCGGGGAUGGUCAUAGAGACCAUCACGAAGGCACCAAUAUCAAAGGGUAACCCGACAGGUAAAUCCGGUGGUAGACUGCAAAGUCUGGGAAAGUUACGGGGCAGACUACUUGGGAGGGCUUUCGAGAUAUAUGCCGAGUCAAAGCCGGCCAUGGACUGGCUACCUGGCGAGUCGAGACGGCCAAUGAUGGUCGCAGUCGAGAGUUACAUGGAGAUCGGGCGGGUACUGCUGGAGAAGGAGGCCGGGCCCGGAUCGUUCGGGGUCGUCAGAGGCCGGCCCACUCGUGCGACUGUGCCGAAGCUGAGGAGGAUAAGGGUGGCAUUGAGAGCGCUGCUGAAUGCAUAA